CCGUAUAUAAGGGCAGCUCUCAAAGUCGGUGUCGUUUGAAGCCUUUCUGGACAUCCAGCGAGGAAUACCAGAUUUCUUUCAGCUUCGCAAGAGAGAAGUGAGUGCUGAUAUGAAGAUCGCCUUGAUUUCAAUUUUCCUCGUCGCAAGCGCUGUCCUCAGCGUGUCCGCGACGUCGCCGCCCCAGUGCGCCGGCAUAACGUGUGACCCGUCGACGUGCGAGGUGGUGGAUUGUCGCUGCGGAAGCUACAAGGGCUACUGUGGUUGCUGCGACUACUGCCACUCGUGCCCCAACGAAGAAUGCACCGCCCUGUUUCGGGACACCUGCACGGAGGGCUACCGCUGCGUUCUGGACGAUGCCGAGCGAAGCUUUGAGCACGGCGGCACGGGACACUGCAGGGCUAACUGAGGAUAGCCUGCCCAGUCCAACAGCUAGGCGGCUAUGGCGCGCUUGAGGUGCAUCAGAUUGACUCUGUAAACGCAAACUUCGUUUCUGUGAUGUUUCAGAGGGCCAACAGGGUUGUACUAGUCUCACUGUGUCUUCGACAUUAUUCUGCAACCACGUUUGUGUUAAGGCUACACUUCAGAGAGGCACCAAAACAAUUUUGACUCAUAAAAUAUUGUUUCGAAACUUUAGAUUCGUUAGUUUAGCGAUAACUUGUUGAUUACCAGGAGAGAAAUUUAUGUUGGUGGAAAUUAUAUUAGAUUUGUUCUUUUAAUUUUGCGCCGGAAUCCCGGCACCAGUGUACGCCAUAGUGUCGUCAUGAACGUCGAAGUAGCUAUACCGUUCUUGCGUAGGAAAAGCUCUAGAAGCUUGCAAUGGUAAGUGUUUUGUUGCUCUAUAACACAGUGUAUUCCAUCUUUCCCGAGUAAGCAGUUUGCUAGGCCGGAGCAGGUGCGGUCCAAAUACACGAACACCGAAGUGGCGUUGCCACCAGCCUUUCGUUUUCGCGUCUUUUCUGACUUAAGAUUUAUUUUUCUCACGGAAGGAGAGGUUCUAUUUAGCUAUUUGUAGAAGUGUAAUUUACUUUUAAAGCUCAAGUUAACCUUCUCUUCAGUGUCCUUUUAAAGAAGACCAACUGCUUCAAAAAUAUAUUAAUAAAUACUGUGUCCAAAAGAUCA